UUGUUCAAUUGCAUCUCGAUCAAAUGAUCGCUUUCAAAAGACGGUUCACGUUCAGACCGAUCGUAUAGUGUGUUCCCUCGUGUGUCCGUUGAUCAACGAUCGAGGAAGGGCGCGUCUUGCAGCGAGUGAGCAAGCCCCCAGCCAACGUGUUGUUGAUAGCCGCUUCGUCCGGAGGAAAAAAACCUGUUUUGAUCCCGCAGCCGUAGCGUAGCGCGAACGAAGUGGCGGUGGUCCCAAAACGUGUUCAGAAUUGAAUGUUUCCUCUUUCACUUUGUGGUCAACCCAGGCCGAGGAGGCAAGGCAAACUGUUGAGCGGACGUGUACUGCACACAACAUCACAUGAAUCCCUAUACCGUAGUCGCGUUCCGGUAAUGUUUCAGGCAUCGGUUCAAGGUGCAACAUCAUUGGGCUAAGCGCCCCUAUAGUGUUGAUCAUCAUACUGCAGCCGAUAUUAGUGCGACAAUCUCUGUGAAUCUAACGUGAUUGUGAUCUCCAAAUCAAGUUGAUCCUCGAAGUAUCUCAAGAUUGAGUUCUAGCAGCAGCGACUCAUCGAAUUCCACCGGCAGACGGACCGACGACGACGGUACCGAGCAGGACAUUCUGCCAGAAACGGGGUGAGACCGUCAGUGCUAGUGUGAACACACGGAGUAGGGUCAUCCACACCAGCAACAUUCCACAGAUCCGCAGCGAUGGGGUGCGAUUGUGAAUCGUGUAUAGCGAAAACGCUCCUGUCCGUGUUCAACUUUCUCUUCUUUGUUCUCGGUACGAUCGUGCUCGGUGUGGGGAUAUGGCUGGCAACGGAUAAGACAUCGUUCAUAGCCCUGCUGAAAAUGGUGGACAACGAUCAGCUAGAGCAUUUUACCCAACCGGCCGUCAUUGAGCAACUCGCCUAUCUGCUGAUCAUCAUCGGAGCGGUCAUGUUCUUCCUCAGCUUCCUUGGCUAUUGUGGCGCGAUACGAGAAAGCCAGUGUCUCCUAACGACGUACGGCCUGUUCCUGUUGGUGAUUCUCGUGGCAGAAGUAACGGCGUUUGGGCUGGCGGCAGCGUACAAGGAUCGGGCUCGCACGGAAACCAAGAACUACCUCCAGACGACGAUCUCCAACUACUAUACGAGUAGCAACGAGCGCAAUCAGACCGAUGCCGUCACCCUGAUGUGGAACUACAUGAUGUCCGAGCUGCACUGCUGCGGUGUUGACGACUACCGGGACUUUGCCCUAUCGGACAAGUGGAACGAGAGCAAACGCGACCGGAUCGUACCGGCGGCAUGCUGCGUACAGACGGCCCUGUUCCAGCCGCAGGACAAGAACUGCCCCUUCUCACCGACCGAGACGAACAGCUACUUCAAGAAGGGCUGCUACACGGCGCUUACCGACUGGAUCAUGUACAACCGGAAUCUGGUGAUCAUCGUGGCGGUCGCCGUCGGUCUAACGCAGCUGCUGGCCAUCUUUCUGGCGUUCUGUCUCUGCAAAUCGAUCGAAAAAUAUAGGGGAAUGCGGCUGUAGGCGGAGGGCUGUUACGCUGUGUUCGAGUAGAUUACAUCCGAAGCAUUCACAUAAUCGCAUUAAGCCGCACACAUCGAUCGUUAAGGGGAUCCUGUAUGGGAUCCUGGUAGGAGUAUCGCAACAUAACAAUCAAUUGGGACCAGCAGAAGUAGCAGCAGCAACAGAAGCAUGAGCAGAAAGCAUCAUAGAGAUCGAUAGAAGGAUCUCGAGGCUGCCUACACUCCAGCUAUUGCGAUGUUCGUGCCGGCUGGAGUGUCCUGGCAAUUGUUGAAGCAAUCGUUUGCAAAUACACCCACAAAAGUAACAAAACCGAAGUGCACUUUUCGAUAAUGAUAAUGAGGAAGUUAACAGAGUAGAUAUGGCGGAAGAAUCUCGUAGCGUCUAGAAAGCGUGUGGCGUGUACCGCGUGUUGUGUUGGUUAUUUAAAAGACAAAGAAUCUCACGAGUAAAGACUUGUCUUCUGUUUCGGAGGGAAGCGCGGUUCGGUCACGAUUAGGCAAUCCAAAUUGCAAGCCAACCCCUUUCACCGUUAAUCACCGGUGAUCCGCGGUUAGACGAUGUUUCGAUGUUUGAUGAGAACAGGAGCCACCUAGAGAGCGCAUUAGGGAGGGUAUGAAUAUACCGUGUCAUAGCAUCGAGUAAAUUUGAUUUUUUGUGUUCACGAUCGCGAUGAGGAUAGUUUUGAACACCGGAGAAGCAUCAAUUUAGUUGCAUAACCGCGGUUUAUGUUCUUUUCAUUUCUUCCCUUCCUUUCACCCUUCGUUUUGUCUACACUUUUUUUGUUAAGUUACAUGAUUUUAAGAUCCAUAAACUUAAAUGUAGCCGUUAGAAAGAGAGUGAGAGUGACAGAGAGCGAUGGAAUAAAUGAAUCAUUAAUCAAACUAAACGUGAA